CUCACAUGUCUUGAAAGAUUUGGUCCCCAAGGGUUGAAUAUUUUACUACUUAGCCCCAUAAAGUAGAUGGUUGCAGAUCAUUCCUGCAUUAUUAGUUUGUCAUGAUGACUAGUGCAGUCUUCAAAGUCUGCUGAUAAUAAUUCUGAAGCAAUUACAUCUUACCUCAUUGUUUGCUUCAUAGCUUCAAAUAAGCAACUACGUCACGUUGGGUAUCCUUCACGACUUUUUCUUCUCUACUUAUAGUGAACCCCAGCUUUAGGUUUGAGCCAAAAAGCAGAGGGAGCUUCAUUGGGAGUGACUAAGAACUUCUUGGCCUUCUAUUGAUCUGGGAUUUUGGAUUAAAGAUGGCUGUUCAAAACUCUCUACAAAUAGCAAGUGGUCCUUAUGAUGAUGAUGGGCGAGCCAAAAGAACCGGAACACUGACAAGUGCCGUUGCUCACAUCAUUACUGCUGUUAUUGGUUCUGGUGUGCUUUCACUGGCAUGGAGCACUUCCCAAUUAGGAUGGAUUGCUGGUCCAGUUGCCUUGCUUCUAUUUGCAAUUGUCACAUACAUUUCCUCCUUCCUCGUCUCUGAUUGUUACAGAACCUCAGAUUCUAAAUCUGGCAAAAGAAACUACUCUUACAUUGGAGCUGUUAGAGUCUACCUUGGAAAUAAAAGGACAUGGGUGGCUGGUUCCCUUCAAUUUCUGACCUUGUAUGGGACUUGUGUUGCUUACGUAAUUACCACAGCAACAUGUAUGAGGGCAAUUCUAAAAUCAAACUGUUAUCACAAGGAAGGGCACAACGCUCCUUGCAAUUAUGGGGAUACCUUGUUUAUGGUUUUGUUUGGAUGCAUUCAGAUUAUCAUGUCAUUCAUACCAGAUCUCCACAACAUGGCGUGGGUUUCAGUUGUGGCUGCAAUAAUGUCCUUCACGUACUCAUUCAUUGGACUAGGACUUGGCAUUGCUCAAACUAUAGAAAAUGGGAGAAUCAUGGGGAGCGUAACAGGAGUACCUGCAAAGAAUGUAGUUGAGAAGUUAUGGUUAAUCUUUCAAGCACUUGGUGACAUAGCCUUCGCCUAUCCAUACUCGGUCAUUCUGCUCGAGAUACAGGAUACCUUAGAGUCUCCUCCUCCAGAAAACCAGACCAUGAAGAAAGCAUCCAUGGUUGCAAUCUUCAUUACAACAUUCUUCUACCUCUGUUGUGGAUGCUUUGGAUAUGCAGCAUUUGGAAACAACACACCAGGAAAUCUCUUGACAGGCUUUGGCUUCUAUGAGCCUUACUGGCUCAUUGACUUAGCUAAUGUUUGCAUUAUUCUUCAUUUGAUUGGAGGGUAUCAGAUUUUCAGCCAACCCAUAUACAGUUCUGCAGAAGGAUGGGCUUCAAGAAAAUUCCCAAACAGCGGGUUUGUGAAUAACUUCUACAAGCUGAAACUGCCUCUGUUGCCAAGUUUCCAGAUAAAUACCUUCAAGUUUGUGUUUAGAACAGUGUAUGUGAUUACAACCACAGGGCUUGGAAUCCUGUUUCCUUACUUCAACCAAGUUCUGGGAGUGUUAGGGGCGAUGAGCUUUUGGCCAUUGGCUAUAUAUUUCCCAGUGGAGAUGUACUUUGUACAGAAGAAAAUUGAAGCUUGGAGCAGAAAAUGGAUUGUGCUCAGAUGUUUUAGCUUCGUUUGCUUUCUUGUUACUGUGGUAGGUCUUAUUGGGUCUCUGGAAGGAAUCAUAAGCCAGAAACUUGGCUGA